AUGAGGAUUUCUUUUGAUUUCCUUCAUAACUACCCUCCCGAUAUCAAUGAUUGGAUUAAGUUUGCAAUGGAAAAAGGUGUUCAAAGGUUUGAAUUGGACGUGUUGGCUGGCUUUUUGCCCGAUCGCCAGCUUCAAUUUUACAAUUUUCCAAGCAUGGAAAACUUCAAAUUCUCUUUUAGAACUUCACAAAGUCAUCAUGAGUCACGGACUAUUGGUUCUGCAGCUGGCUUUUCUUCCCUAAAAUCCCUUCGUUUGGUUGGUGUUAAUAUCAUGGUGGAGGUGCUUGAGAAUUUCCUAUCCGACUGUGCGUUUCUUGAACAAUUAUGCAUCUUGGGUACAACAUGUCUAGUGAAUGUAAAAAUUGCUUGCCCAUCACUCAAAUUGACUCACUGCCACUAUUUGGAAAAUCUAGAAAUUUUUGCAAUAAAUCUUGUUUCAUUCACCUACAUGGGACGAGAUAUAAGUGUGCCUUUUGAAAACGUCUCUCUUCUCUCUAAGCUAUCUAUUGGGGGACAAUUCUGUUCGUCCUUUCUUUCUGGAUCUUGCCAGCAUUCCAGCUAUAUUCCUCAAAUUAAAAAGCUCAAAAUAAAUUUGUCUUAUUUGCUUAGAAUGCGCAAUAAUUUUAUAACGUUUAAGGGUGGCCGUGGAAGGCAUGCAUGGUUGAGGAUGAUGAGGGGUUGCCGAGAGGUUAGUUUGUGGGUUGAGGUGGUGGAAGUUGAUGGUGCAUGCAAGAUGCCGAGAGGGUGGGGUUGGUGUUGGAAGCUGAGGGAAAUGAGGUGUGGGUUGCUUGGGUUGCAUAAGGAUUGCAUGGUGGAUGAGAUAGAGAGAUUGGUAAUAAAGAGUGAUCAAAGUCCACAAAUGGAUGCUGAAAUAGAGGCUACUAAAUGUCAUCAUAAAUGCCUUAAGGUGGUGGAAUUGGUUCGGUUUGAUGGGAGUAACAACAGCGAAAUUUUUCUUCUUUUGCACAUACUUGAGAUUGCCACAUCAGUGGAGAAGAUAAUUAUCGAUCCCCGUCAAAAUCCACUUCAAGCGGAGAAGACGGAAGCUGCUAGAGAACGCGCCAGGCAGCUAAAAACAAGAUUACCUGCAACCGUUGAAUUAGUGAUUCAUUAG